AUGCUACGAGAUGGGGCUAAGUCCUGGAGUAAUGGCUCAGAGGCCUACAGCAGCGAUCCUGAGGAGGAUGAGGAAGAGGAGAUGUUGUUUGGGGAGAAUGAUGAAGACUCAGAAGAGAUGAUGGAUCUUAGUGACCUUCCUACGGCCCUGUUCGCCUGCAGUGUCCAUGAAGCCGUCUUCCAGGAAGAACGACAGCGGGAGCGCUUUGAGGCUCUCUUCAGGAUCUAUGAUGAGCACACCUCUUUCCAGAUGUUUAAGAGCUUCAGACGAGUGCGAAUCAGCUUCAGCACUCCGGAGGCAGCCGCACGGGCACGCAUCGAACUCCAUGAGUCGGAGUUCAACGGCACCAAACUCAAGCUGUACUUUGCUCAGGUGCAGAAUUCGGGCGAGGACGUGGAUAAGUCUUACCUGGCCCCUCCACAGCCUGUCAAACAGUUCCUUAUCUCUCCACCUGCAUCACCCCCCGUUGGGUGGAGCCAGAGUGAAGAUGCCACGCCUGUUAUAAACUAUGACCUUCUGUGUGCUGUAGCCAAGCUUGGCCCAGGAGAGAAGUAUGAGUUGCAUGCUGGCACUGAGUCCACGCCCAGUGUUGUGGUACAUGUCUGUGAGAGCGAGACCGAGGAAGAGGAGGAAGCUCGACCCAAAGCCAAGAUUGUCCAGACCCGCCGUCCGGACGGCCCACCAAAAGUCUACAACUAAAAGACCCUUACAGUACCUGC